UGGCUUUUCCAGUUGUGUGGAUCCUGUGGAGUUGCUAUGUGAGUAGGCCUGGCAGGGCCAUGUAUUGGAAGAGCGAGCAGAUGUUUUUGUGCAAACUGGAAGACAAGGAUAUUCCUGCCGUAGCGUCCGAUAAGUUUGCGCCCCGUAUGUCCGAGGAGUGUGCGGGAACAGCGCUGCCAAUGGGAAGGAGCCGGAAAAGCGAAGGGACUCCGGUGCAGGGAAGUCCCGGUGCUGCAAUGGAUGAAGAUUCUUGUUCAUCAGCUCCUCUGUCUCCUGUAUCCUCCUCUUCUCCUCAUUCCAUGCCAACGGCUGGCCUCAACCAGGGCAAGAACGUGUGCAACAACUGUGGCAUGGAAAUAGUAGAUAAAUACCUGCUUAAGGUAAAUGACCUGUGCUGGCAUGUGCGCUGCCUGUCCUGUAGUGUAUGCAGAACCUCCCUUGGAAGGCACACCAGCUGCUACAUCAAAGAUAAAGACAUCUACUGCAAGCUUGAUUAUUUUAGACGGUAUGGAACACGGUGUUCACGGUGUGGUCGGCACAUUCAUGCCACUGACUGGGUGCGACGAGCAAAGGGCAAUGUCUAUCACUUAGCUUGUUUUGCAUGUUACUCGUGCAAGCGCCAGCUGUCCACAGGAGAGGAGUUUGCUUUGGUAGAAGAAAAAGUCCUUUGCAGAGUGCAUUAUGACUGCAUGUUGGACAAUCUGAAAAGAGCAGUGGAAAAUGGUAACAGGGUUAGUGUGGAGGGUGCUUUAUUAACAGAGCAGGAUAUAAAUCAACCAAAGCCAGCUAAAAGGGCUCGUACCAGUUUCACAGCAGACCAGCUCCAGGUUAUGCAGGCACAGUUUGCGCAGGACAACAAUCCUGAUGCACAAACACUACAAAAACUAUCUGAAAGAACAGGCCUAAGCAGACGUGUAAUACAGGUUUGGUUUCAAAACUGUAGAGCACGCCAUAAGAAACAUGUCAGUCCAAAUCAUUCAUCAACCACUCCAGUUACCGCUGUGCAGCCAUCUAGACUGUCUCCACCAAUGUUAGAAGAAAUGACCUAUUCCGCAUACGUUCCUCAGGAUGGACCAAUGCUAACGGCUUUACAUAGUUACAUGGAUGCUCAUUCUCCGACUGCUCUUGGUCUCCAGUCAUUGUUGCCCCACUCCAUGACACAACUACCAAUAAGUCACGCUUAAAAGUAUUUUUUUUUUUUUCUCAAGAAUGUACGUUGGGUAUAGUCAUUUAUUGUGUAUAAAAUAUAAUUGAAACAUAAUGCUUUCUUAUAUAACUCCCCUUCAUCGCUGAAGAAAAGAAUGCUUGGCUUUUUUGCAUCUCUCUCAGCUGUGAACGAGAACUUAUACACAUGAAUUUAAGGACUUUUGUUGCUGCCCUUGCAUGUGAGUAUCAAUGGGGUUAUACUUAAGUGCCACUAAAUUCCUUGACUUCAUUAUUUUCCCCCCUUUUUGUGUUGUCUGGAAAUAGUCCAACUUAGUUGUGUGUUUAUUUAUUUGUCAUCUUCGGAGCACUUUGCCAAAAAAAGGUCUGAAAAGUGUGCAAAAAAUGUUUACAAUUUUUUUUGUGAAAUUGUAGUUUUGUCAUUAGUUGUAUCUGUAAAUUAUUACAAAGGUGCAUUUGUAUUUUGAUUUACUUUCCCUUUUCAUAUCUGUGAACUAGCAAAUUCAGUUCAAUAUUUUUUCCCUCUUUUGGAACUGACUGAAUAAAGCUUUGAUUACA